UUUAACGCCUACGUGGACUUGCUGCAGCAGCUGCUGCAGCAGCAGCAGCCGCAGCAGCAGCAGCAGCAGGGAGAGCAGCAGCUAGCAAAUAAGCUUCCCUUCGUGGGCAAAACCAUUACCUUCUUUUUGCCGCAGCUGGGGGCUUCUGCAGCAACGCAAUUUGACGCCUUAGACUGUGUGCAGCAGCAGCAGAAGCAGCAGAAGCAGCAGCAGCAGCAGCAGGAACAGCAGCAGCAGCAGCAGCAGCGCAAGGCGAAGCAGCUGGUUCGCCCAGUGUAUGUACACCUUCAUUCCCUGCCCUUGGAUAUCCAUCGGUCCCAAGUCGAGGCCAUUGUGGAAAACCUGUACCUCCGCCUGACAGCAGCAGUUGAAGGAAUAGAAGAGCCUCUACAAGAAGUUGCAAAGCCGGCGCCGCUGCUAACCCCCAAAAACAAGGAAAAGCAGGCGAUGGAAAGUCUUUUUCAGCAGCAAAUAGAUGAGGUGGCCUUCAAAGACGCUUUGUACCAGCAGGAUAUCAAAUACAUUGCGUAA